GAACUGCUUGCUGUGGGGCUUGGGUUGGAUCCCUCAUCAGUGAACUGAGAUCUUGGAUGCCUCGAAGCUCGGCCAAAAGAAAAAAGAAAGUUGACACAGUGAAUACUACCCCUGAGAGGUUCAUUGGUAGGAAACAGGUCUUAUUUGCAACAUGUGGGAUCUAAUUUCCUGACCAAGGAUCAAACCUGGGACCCCUGCAUUGAGAGCGUCUUAGCCACUGGAGCACCAGGGAAGUCUCUGAUUUGAUGUACUUUUUUUUGCAAAGAUGGAAUUUGCUUGUUAUUUGAAGUGAGAUCCUGAGCAUCCAGUUUUCAGAAGUUAAACUUCAGAAGUAAAGCUACUAAAAUGAUAAGGGCAGUUAUAACUUGGUGGGCUGUCUUCUCCCUCCCAAUUAUCUUCCCACACUACUGAGGUAAAGCCCUCGGGAUUAAUCAAGGCAUUCAGGUCAGAUCAGGGUAAGAUAAUCACUUUUCAUCCAAAAAAGUAAGCUCAGUGGCAGUGUGUUUUGCUUAUGUUCAUCCAUUUAUUUUGAUAAAACUUUUGUACAUGAAGAGAACCAUUGGUGCUACUUAUUUGCUAUUUCCUUCAGCCUUUGCCUUGGAAGGACAUUUUAUCAACAGUCACAGUAAUGGCGGCCGAAGUGCAAAUGGUACUUUAUGAAGAUGAUUCAGUGCAAGUGCAAUAUAUUGAUGGUUCCAGAUUGCAGCUUUCUCCCUGUGGCUCUGAAUUUUUAUUUGAAAAGGCACCUCCUGUUUCAGCACAUCCUUUACAACAGCCAGAAAGAAUUCGCCAAAGGACACACUUUGUUAUUAGCACUUAUCGAGAGCAGUUACAACGAGCCCUCGAUUUUCGUAACUCUUUUGCUACCUGUCCUUUUUUAUCUGAAAGCAUCAUACCUUCUGAAAUGAAAACGCGUAUCUUGAUUGAUGUCUCAGAAGUGAGAUGGCCCAGUCUUGACACUGAUGAUGGCAUGACCUGUAUGCAGAAUGGCACUGUGAGGAUAUCAUCUUUAAAUGGUCACGCAUACCUUUGCCUGCCCAAAUCUCAGCAUGAAUUUACAGUACAUUUUUUGUGUAAAGUAAGCCAGAAGCCAGACUCAUCUAUAGUAGUGUCCGAAAAAAAUAAUAAAGGCAAAAAGGACAAACAGGUUGAAAAAGCUGGCAAAAUCUGUACACAUGGAAGUUUAUCAGGACAGAGAAAACUGAAGAAUAAAGAAAAUGAACUUUAUCAUCAGAUCAUGAAAUCCGAAGGACUUUCAGAGAAGAGUUGUGUGAAUGCAGCCGAAGGGAGGGAGGUGCUGUCUUCACCUGGUACGAAAAACACAUGUGUAUACACAUGGGUAAAGCAGUGCUGGUCUGUGGCCUCCUGUCCGGAGGAAUGGAAAUACCCUUUGUCUUUAGCACUUCGUUUUCAUAAUAAAAUCAGCAGUAUGUCUGGAAUUGAUGCAGAUAUCACCCAGAAGAGAAUGUUAACUUCUGAUGUUUCUGAGGAAAGAGGAAAAGAAGUUUCUGUUCUUCCCAAGGCCCUGUUGCUGAGCUGUCCUGCCCCACACUUGCACAGGUGGAGCUUUUCUGAUUCACUUUCACAGGAACAGUUUGGUGAAGAAUAUUCCUACCAUGAACUAGUCAAAGUGGUUUGGUACAAGGGUGUUACCUAUAGACUUACCCAUAAACAUAUGAACUCAAUAGAGAUUUAUCCUGGAGAUGGAUCUGUUUUCAAAUCAGAAGGAGCUUAUUUGGGGAACUAUUUUACAUAUUAUUCCAUUCAAGAAGAAUCAGAAGAGAGAGAAGAGAAAACUUACUCAGUAAAUAACCUUCCUCCGGAUAGGCCAGGAAAUCCAUUUUCUGUGUGUUCUCUACUUAAACAGGCAACCAGAAUUCUUCAGCAUUGUGCCAAGAUGAGGCUCUCUUUAAGCCAUAACUAUCAUAUAUGCUGCUGGAAAAUGGUACCUGGGAUAAAUGACAGCAGUGUAUUGCCUUUGCUUUUGAGAGAAUCCUUCAUGCCUGGCGUGGGAAGAUUUCUUGCGUACUCAGAUGACAAAGUACAUGCUAUCUUUUUAGAUGGCAUUACUUUAACCCUGAAUUGGAAUUUCGGCUCUUUUAUUGAAAAGAGACAGGUAAAUCAAGGUCUCACCUUAGGUUGGUGUAAGUUAACUUUUCCUGAUGGACAAAAUCAGUUAAUUCAAAUUCAACAUCCCAGACCAUAUGAAAGAUAUGUGACAACAGUAAUAUCAUGGUGCAGAAGGCUGACCCAGAUUAGUCAGCAAGAAAUAUCCAUACAUCCUUCAUCUUCUGUUCCUGAAGAAAGCUGGUCUGUGGCUUCUGAACUUGAAAAGAUACAGAAGUUUAAUUUGUUAUUGGAGAACAGUGGUGUCCUAAACCAGAUUUCUCACAAGAAAAAUGAACAGUCUUUGGAUCGUUGUCAACCAAAAUCUUCAGAAACCUUGCUAAAAGAAGUUAAUGAAAAGAGUGUAUCAGUGGCAUUGAAAAAAACCUCUGAAAUCCUUCAAGAUAUUGACAAUCUUCUAUCAAAUUCUAAAUGGUGAAAAAUGGAAUUAGUACAAUAUAUUAUUAAACCCUGUGGAUAUUAUUUCAAGUGAUUGGUAGAAUAUUACUAGAAAACCAAGAAAGUAUAUAUAUAUAUACAUGACUUGUGUACAAUUAGUAUGUGAGAAAUGAUAUCUAACUUUGGAGGUGUUUUAUCUAACUUAUAAAUUUUAAAAUAUAUAUUUGUAUAUUAUUAAUAAAGAACCAUUUAAAAAAUCUGAACAAU